AUGGACCCUUUCUCUGAGCGACUUAAACGGCUCGAACGAGAAGCGACAGCAAUAUUCGAGGAUACUGGAAUUCGUAUCCAUCCCUGGGACAGGGUAUUCUCCGAGAAUCUUGCAAAUGUCGCCAUCAAUAUCUAUCGUCUCAUCGGCGAAUAUGUCAAUACCUGGUUUGGCGACAUAAACCCUGAGUACUGGACACGCAGUACCCUCCAAAGUCUGCAAACUCUCCUUCUUCACGCCAUUAGCCAUAUCGAUAACCGAAUCAACGGAAAGAGAGGCUUCGCCAGAUCAAGACUUACUUGGCAUCUUCAAAACGCACGCCUUGCCUUCUCCAUUUAUCACCACCAAGGCCCCACGGACGCGACCGCAGCCGACGAGAGCGACAAAUCUGAGGUUAAUCCUUCUAUUCCUACACCUGAAAGAACCCGAACGAAUUCCGUGACCCGCAAGCAUCCUGCAGCUGAGUCUUUCCUGGAGACUUCCCCCAAGCAGCCGCGCCGGCAGGAGAUUACUGUUUCAGUGACGACAGGCAAUAACACUGGGCUCCGCUCAACUGAUUGCGACCUGAUUCUAGAACUAAAACAACACCAAGAUGGCGCGAAGGAUAGCUUCCUAAAACUGCUACACAGACUUCCCAUCCUCUCAUCAACCGCCGUCGACGAACUAGAGCGUGAACGUGAGGUCACAUCCGACCGUAUCAGAAGUCUGAACGAUGACAUGGCCAACGCCAAAGAGUCCUCAACUAAGCUCAGAGAUUCCGUUUCUACCCUCAUGGCCGACAUGGAAGCUCACGCAGCGAACGAGAAGGAACUCCAGAGCGCCAAGAACGUGAUCGAAGCCGCAGGGUCUGGAGUUUGGUCAACUGUAUGGAGAGUCCAUGAAAAGGCAAAGUCGAAUACAUCCGCCACCCUUGAAGAGAGGUCUCAGGAACUUGAGGAGGUACAGGCGCGACUGGGCAGGCUGGUUGAAGAGGUCGAGGAAGCUCAGGCAUCGAUGGACAUCACAGAUGAGAAGGUUGAGCAUGUCCCAGCCCAGUAUGAUGAGUACCGCGUUUUCAUCGAAUACAUGGCCCUAAUUUGUGAUGUAGGACCCAAGGGACUGGAGAGGGUGGUUGAUGCUUUGAGUGAGCAAGGACUCGAGUUUGAGACGUUGAUUUAUGAGCAUGUAGGUGAUGGACAAAGCAGCGUUGACAAUUGA